GGGCGGAGACGGCAGGGAUGCGAUGGCGGAGUCGCUGCCCCUGGAGAUGCUCACAUAUAUUCUGAGUUUCCUGCCUCUGUCAGAUCAGAAAGAGGCCUCCCUGGUGAACCGGGCUUGGUACUGUGCAGCCCAGAAUGCCCUCCGAGAGAGAAAAGUGCGGUACAACAUCCCUGUGUCCUCUGCCUCACUCUCGGCUAUCAAGAGCUUGGGCCUCCGGGGCAUCUCCUGCAUCAGCUUAGUCAACCUGGAUGGCUCACCAGCCUCCCACCAGGUGCUCCAGUCCAUUGCCUACCACCUAGGCCCACACCUGCAGAGCUUGUGCCUGGGUGGGGGCAGUCCCACAGAGGCCUCCUUUGUGGCUCUGGUCCUGCGAUGCCCAGCCUUGCGCACCCUUGAUCUCAGUGGCUGCAACAGCCUUUUUACAUCAGACAUGCUACUGGCUCAGCCUGAGACAGCACAACGUGUCCGGCAGGCGCUAAGUGGCCUCCGUGAGCUCAACCUGGCCGGCCUGCGAGACCUGACUGACCUCAGCUUCAACCAGCUCAGCAACUGUGUCCCCAGCUUGGAGCGCCUCUCUUUGGCUUACUGCCACCUUACCUUCGAGUCAGCCCCAGCUUGGGGUCCCCAGGGCUCCCCACCCUUUGAACUAUCCUUCCAAAACCUGCUGAAAUUCGUGAAGGAACGGGCUGGCAGUUUACGCUCCCUGGACCUAAGUGGCACUGGCUUACCACCUGAGGCCCUGCGGGCCCUAGGCCAGGUGGCUGGGCUGCAGCUGCAGGAGCUGAACCUGCACAGCUGCCGGGACCUCUCUACAGAGGCUGUGGCCACUCUGUGCCGUCAGCAACCUGGCCUUACUUCCCUGAACCUCAGCGGCUGCUCAGAACUGACUGAUGGGGCACUUUUGGCUGUGAGCAGGGGCCUACGACAUCUGCGGCACCUGAGCCUUGGGAAGCUGCAACGGCUGACAGAUGCAGGGUGUACAGCCCUCGGGGGCCUGCGGGAAUUGCAGAGCCUGGACAUGGCUGAGUGCUGCUUGGUGAGCGGGCGGGAGCUGGCCCAGGCCCUGGGAACAGUACGUGGAACUCCACCCCCAUUGACCUCUCUCAGGCUGGCCUACUGCUCUUCACUAAAGGACGCAUCUGUGCUCUCCAUGAUCCCAGUGCUGAGCUCGAGCUUGAGGGUGCUAGACUUGUCAUCUUGUGUGACUCUCACCAACCGGACCAUGCAGGCCAUCUGCUCCUACCUCACCCACCUCUCAGUCCUGCGCCUGGCUUGGUGCAAGGAGCUCUGUGACUGGGGGCUUCUGGGGCUGGAGGAACCAAAUGAGGAGCCUGCAUUAGGCCCCCAGUCACAUGCAGAGCUGAAACAUCAGGCCUCGGACUCUACGGAUCCUUCUCCCCAACCACAGCGCCCCUCCCUGCUCAAGCUUCAGGCCCUCCAGGAGUUGGAUCUCACAGCCUGCAGCAAGCUGACCGAUGCCAGUUUGGCCAAGGUGCUUCAGUUCCCCCAGCUGAGGCGGUUGUCACUGAGCCUAUUGCCAGCACUCACAGACAUGGGUUUGGUGGCUGUGGCCAGGGGCUGCCCCAGUCUGGAGCGUUUGGUGCUGAGUCACUGCAGCCAUCUUAGUGAUGAGGGCUGGGCCCAGGCAGCCAGGUCCUGGCCAAGGCUGCAGCACAUCAACCUAUCCAGCUGUAGUCAACUCACAGAGCAAACACUGGAUGCCAUUACUCAGGCAUGCAAGCAGCUCCAGGUGUUGGAUGUGGCCAUGUGUCCUGGUAUUAACAUGGCGGCCAUCAGGCGCUUUCAAGAACAGCUGCCUCAGGUGACCUGCAUCCAGUCCCGCUUCGUUGGAGGGGCUGACCUGACUCUCACACUCUAAGACCAGGAAGGUGGAAUAACAGGUACUGAGACGACUGGAACACAACUAGAGGUCAGAAGUCAGGAGAUAGUUGCUGAGAUGACAGUAGCAUGGACAAUGGACUGAAGACACUGAAAAGGAAGAAUGGGCAGUAUGGGCAGCCCAGCUACAUCUGGGAUCCCUGCCUCCUGUUUCCACCUUGAACUCAAUAACAAACCACUCUAAGUGUGAUGGGAAGUCUCUCAACCCAGCCUGGCACACUGGAUGCCUAAGGAUAAGAAGUGCUGGCUGGGAUGGGGGAAAAGACAAGUGGAUUCUCCAAAUGAGAUGCUGUUUCAUCUGUCUUUAAGGUAAACUACUUGAGGAGGUACUAGGUAAGAAACAGUGAGUGGCGUGGAUAAGGAAGGUAGGUAGCAGCACUCAGCCUGCCUCGUGCUCUUCUGUGCCUCAGGGACUUGGAGCCUCCAUUCCUCCAAGCCUGACCUGCCAGACCCAACACCCCUUCUUUAGCCUUUAAAGUGUCUGUUUUGUCUGUGGCCUGUACCUCAUUCAUACUCCUGAGUUGGAUUUUGGUGCUGGCACAGGGGCUUGAACUCAGAACCUUGCACUCUUGCUUGGCUUUUUUACUCACAGCUUGGUGCACUGCUACUUGAACCACGUCUCCAGUCUGGCUUUUUUCAAGUUAAGAGAGUCUCAUGAGUUUAUCCAGGCUGGCUUUAAACUUCAAUCCUCAGAUCUCAGCCUCCCGAGUAGCUAGGACUAUAGGCAUGAGCCACUGGUGCUCAGCUCUGAAUUAGGUUUUAAUGGCAUGCAGAGCUUUCAGUAAAGAAUUCCCUUUUGUCUAAAUCUGCUUAGAAACUACACCGGCCU